ACCGCAAAAGCAACGAACCGCGCUUCACGGCUCAAGAGCGCCAACGACACCAGACGACAUGAACACGGGCAAGCCGCCCUUUCAGAUACUUGAACGCAUUGAGGGAACAUGACUUCCUCCUCCGACUCCUUCCUCUCCUUUCUCUCCAGACUCCGUCUGUUUCGCAGAAAGAUGUCCAACCAAAAGCAACUACGGCUCAUCUUUGCCGUCGCCGUCUUCCUGUUCUUCGUCUUCAUCCUCCACCCGAGCACAUCGCCCGACUUGCCGACACCCAACUCGCGAACCCACCCCAAGUCCUCGUCGUCGAUCCCACCACACCACAAGGCACACAGGCCGCCGCCGAAGAAAGGGCGUGUCAUCAAGUUCAAGCCAAGCAGCUUCAACUGGACGGCCGCCAAGCAGUUCCACCCCGUCGAGAUCACGUACAAACUCCCGACCGGAACCCCCAAACCGCAGAACCUCGUCCAGCACGACUUCUCCGACUAUGUCCACGAUGCGAAAACAAAGAAACGUCAAAAGGCUGUUCGCGACGCCUUUGUGCGCAGCUGGAAUAGCUACAAGGAACGCGCCUGGCUCCGCGACGAACUCGCCCCUGUGACCGGCGGCGGCAAGACCACGUUUGGCGGCUGGGCAGCCACUGCUGUAGACGCGCUCGAUACCUUGUGGAUCAUGGAGCUUUGGGACGACUUCUACCUCGCCGGUAAUGCUGCCGCUCAGCUGGAUUGGCAGAAUACCACCGAAACGGCCGCCAACAUGUUCGAGACCACCAUCCGUUACCUCGGCGGCCUGCUCGGUGCCUACGAUCUCAGCGGCGAGAAGGCCUUGUUGGACAAGGCGCAAGAGUUGGGCGAUAUGCUGUACAUGGGCUUCGACACCCCGAAUCGCAUGCCUGGGUUCUGGUUCAACUUUGAGGAGGCGAAACGGGGAGUGCAGGUCGCUGGUACCAAUGACCACUCAGCCUCUCCUUGCUCGCUCUCGCUCGAGUUUACCCGUCUUUCCCAGUUGACGGGCGAUCAAAAGUACUAUGAUGCCAUCACCAGAAUCUCAAACUUCCUCAACAGGACACAGACCGAGUCCAAGCUCCCCGGCAUGUGGCCGAGGAAUAUCAACUUCCGUGAAGAGCGCGUUGAUCUGGAAAGCCGCUUCACUAUCGGGGCCCUUGCCGAUUCCUUGUACGAGUAUAUGCCCAAGAUGCACGCUUUGCUGGGUGGUCUGUCGCCAUUGUAUGAGAAGAUGCAUCGUGGCGCCAUGGAUGCCGUGACACAACACCUUCUUUUCCGGCCAAUGUUGCCCGCGGAGGAAGCCAAGGUCCACGACAUUCUGUUUGUGGGCGAUGCCCACGUGCAUCCAGAUCGUAUCGACCGGCUGCCCGAGGGACAGCACCUCACUUGCUUCGCGGGUGGCAUGUUCGGGCUCGGUGGUAAGCUGUUCGACAUCAAAGAGCAUGUCAAAAUCGGCGAGCGCUUGGCGCGCGGCUGUGGCUGGGCCUACGAUGCGUUCCCAACCGGCAUCAUGCCCGAGAUCUUCACCAUGGUAUCCUGUGAUUCCUGGGAUGCUCCCUGCAAGUGGGACGAGGAGAAGUGGGAGGCGCUCGGUAAAAAGGAACUGAAGAAGGGGUUCGCCAGUGCGCGCGAUACUAGGUAUAUCCUGCGGCCUGAAGCCAUCGAAAGUAUCUUCUUGCUGUACCGCAUGACAGGCAAGGAAGACCUGCGGGAGCUGGCAUGGCAGAUGUUUGAAAGCAUCGUGAAGGCGACGGAGACGGAGCUGGCCUACUCGGCAAUUUCUGACGUGACGGUAAACGGACCGACCCAGAAGAUGGACUCGAUGGAGAGCUUCUGGUUAGCCGAGACACUCAAGUACUUUUACUUGAUCUUUUCCCCUCCAGAUCUCGUGGACUUGGACGAAUACGUUUUCAACACCGAAGCGCAUCCCUUCCUCCGACCAACGCCGUCAAAGCCCGCUAUACCGUGAAGCGCGUUAGAGAUCUUAUCGUCUGGUCCCAUCGAACCACGGUGACGGCGCGCCGAGAACAUUGUUCGUCAAGAAAGAACUCGGCCUUGGC